AGUACAAAAGAUUUAGAGACUAAACAAGAUGGCAGCCUCCAUGUCCAACUGGUUGGAAAACGUUGGCAGUGAAUAAUGUAACAACAAUUUAUCGCACAUUUCAUUUUACCUGACAAGAGUAACAAAAUUCAGGAUGGGAGUCUUAGAGAAAAUUUCUGAAAUUGAGAAAGAAAUUGCUCGCACACAGAAAAAUAAAGCCACUGAGUAUCAUCUUGGGUUGUUAAAAGCAAAACUUGCCAAAUAUAGACAACAGCUCUUAGAGCCUACUGGAAAAUCUGGAGCUAAGGGAGAAGGUUUUGAUGUUAUGAAAUCUGGGGAUGCAAGAGUUGCAUUGAUUGGUUUCCCUUCUGUUGGUAAGUCCACAUUGCUGAAUACAUUGACAUCAACCCACAGUGAAAGUGCUAAUUAUGAAUUUACAACACUUACAUGUAUACCUGGAGUUAUUGAGUAUAAUGGUGCUAAUAUACAGUUACUUGAUUUACCGGGUAUUAUAGAAGGAGCUGCCAAAGGUAAAGGUAGGGGUCGGCAGGUGAUUGCAGUGGCGAGAACAGCAGAUCUUGUUAUUAUGAUGAUUGAUGCAACAAAAAAAGAUGUUCAGAAAGAACUUCUCACAGCAGAGUUGGAAAGUGUUGGAAUACGAUUAAACAGGGACAGACCUAAUAUUUAUUACAAACCAAAGAAAGGAGGUGGGAUAUCGUUCAACUCAACAGUACCUCUAACAAAGACCAGUGAAAAAAUGAUACAAUUAAUUUUACAUGAAUACAAAAUAUUUAAUGCAGAAGUGGUGUUCCGCAGUGAUUGUACAGCAGAUGAAUUUAUUGAUGUUGUUGUCGGAUCCAGAGUUUAUAUGCCGUGUCUUUAUGUAUAUAAUAAAAUAGAUCAGAUAUCUAUAGAAGAAGUGGACAGGCUGGCAAGACUUCCAGAUUCUGUUGUUGUAAGUUGCAAUAUGAAGCUCAACCUAGAUUAUCUACUGGAAACUGUCUGGAACCAGCUAGCUCUAGUCAGGGUGUAUACUAAAAAAAGAGGAGAGCCUCCAGAUUUUGAGGGUGGUUUGAUUUUAAGACGUGGAUGUACCGUAGAACAUGUAUGUCAUGCCAUACAUAGAACCCUAGUGGCUAAUUUCAAAUAUGCUUUAGUUUGGGGUAGAAGUGUGAAGUUCAGUCCACAGAGAGUAGGUCUACAGCAUAAGAUGUGCCACGAUGAUGUUCUACAGGUCGUGAAGAAAUAGCUCUCUCUUAUCAGCAUUCAGAUUUCACCCAUGUAUUUAUUUGAAUUUAUUUUUAUGUGAUUCAGAAAUGGAAGAGAACAAUGAAACUUCAUCAAAAAUUAUCUCAGCGCUGAAUCAGUACAGCUAGAUAUCGGAUUGAAAUUUAUAUUGGAGGAUUUGAUUAUUUCAUAACAGUACAAGGAUACUUGAAUAAACUGUUAUGUUUUCAAAAUAAGCCGGCUCAACAUGAUGCUAAAACUUUUAAACGUUAUUGCUGGACAAACAUUCACCUUCUUUUAUCAGAAAUGGUUACCGGGUAUGUUAAAAAGUAUUGCAGGACUAAUGAUAAAUUUGCAGUUUUGUGUUGCUUUCUUGUUACUUUAAGAAAUUAUUGCAGCUUGGUUUUCCUUGUAGAACAUACUUGGAUGACAAGCUGUUGAAUACAUCAGGGCCAUACCUUGGUCAAAAUAAACAUUUCACUUGAAUAUUUUUUCUAAAUACAUGGAAAUAUUACAUGUUCACAACAAAGUUAUUGGCUUAUUGUAAUGUACAAUUUUCCACCUAGAACUUUGCUGUGUUCUUACAGAGAUUACAUCAUUGUAUUUUGACUGAAUUUCUGAGAUUUUGUCAUCUUCUGUUCGAAUGUUCACUGUCUUUGGGCUCCAGAUUAGAUGGUGCAGGUGGUCUGUCUUUGCAUUUGUUGGCAAUUUUAUUUCCACUAAUAUCUAUAGAAUGCUUUGACCUGUGAUCCUGAAACUUGAUAUGGAUAUUGCUCAGGUGCACGAUCUGUGCAAAAUCACAGUGACUAUUAGUACAAAAACUUUUUCCCCUCAAUAUUUUGAGAAUGGCUUGACCUACAUCCCUCAAGCUUUGCAGGAAUAUGGGCAGUGAAUCACCCCUACUGAUUUUGAGGUCAGUUGGUCUGUUUACAAUUACAUUGACAAUUACUUAAAGAGGAACAUUCACCAUAAACCUGUUUGAUUUCGACAUCAUGCAAGCUAAACUUGCCUAGUCAUAACUGUCAAGUCCUCUGAAGAAGUUCACUGCUGAACAAAACCGGUCAGGGAAGAUGUCUUACCAACAAGAGAGCACGUCCUCCAUGGCUCACCCCCAGCCAAAUCAUACUUCUGAUUUUGAGGGUCAUGGUAACUGUCGACCGAAGUUAUCAGUUGGAUGUGUUAAAUGGUGCUUGUCAUCCAUCAGUCGCUUUCGAUUUAGUUUCAGCUCAGUAACUUCAGAAUGCUUUGACCUAAGAUUCUCAAACUUGACAGGCAUAUUGCCUCAGGCAUGUUUUACUAUGCACAACUUCACUGUUGUUUUUCUAUCUGAGGAAGUAUUUUAUUCCAGUUGAACAUAUUUUCACAGCUUAAAAUUAGUAUACAAAAUGAUGUAAAUUUUGUGGCCAUACAGUUCAAUCUUAUGCUGCUGCCAGUGUUAAAGUUAAAGCUAGGAACAUACACUUUCUGUUUGAACUUGAUCCAAAUAUAUCUUCAGACUACCCAAUCUUAAGAUGCUACAGUAGUGUAUUGUCACUGUUUUGAAAUCAAACUUGUCAGUCAUGUAGAAUAAUUGACAAGAAAAGAACAAUUCUCUCUUUUUUUUUUAUAGCAUGAUAUGCAUUUUUGUAAUGUGUGCAAAUGUUACAAUUCUACUUUAUUUUUUACACCUAGUCAUUUAUAUAUGAUAGUGUUAAAUAUUUCAUUAUUCCCCCUGCAAACAAGAGGGGUAUAUAUUGUUUACGUUAUCUGCCGGUCGAUCUGUCUGUGUGUCAGUCAGUGGAACAUUUAGUUUUCGGUCAAUAACUAGAUAAAUGUUUGGUCUCACAAUGGUCAAACUUCAUAGGAUGAUUAUCUGUAGUGGAUAGAUGACCCGUAUUGCUAUGUGGGUCAGUAGGUCAAUGUAACAGUGAUGCUGAGAACAGUUUUUGCUCAAUAAAUUGAGCCGUGCCAUGAGAAAACCAACAUAGUGGGUGUGCGACCAGCAUGGAUCCAGACCAGCCUGCGCAUCCGCGCAGUCUGGUCAGGCUCCAUGCUGUUCGCUUUUAAAGCCUAUUGGAAUUGGAGAAACUGUUAGCGAACAGCAUGGAUCCUGACCAGACUGCGCGGAUGCGCAGGCUGGUCUGGAUCCAUGCUGGUCGCAAAGCCACUAUGUUGGUUUUCUCAUGGCACGGCUCAAUUAAAGAACACUGUGGCUUACUGUCAUCAAACUUCGUUAGAUGAUGGGAACAAUAAGUUAAGCGUCAGUAGAUGACCUUUGUUGUUUUAGGGGUCAGAGGUGGAGUACAUAAUCACCUCUAGACUGAAAAUGGUUUUGCCUACAGUCAUUACACUUUACAGGAUGAUUGCCUCAGGUCAGUAGAUGAUCCCUGAUGAUUCGGGGGUCAGUGGAUCAAAGGUUAAGGUCACAUUAAUGAAAAAAAGUCUGUGCUUAUAAGAGUGCAUUGGCCUAAUGCUUUUAAGGUCUUAGAAUUAUUGCCUGUGGUCAACUAAUAACUUCUAAUGUUCUGUAAGUAGGUCAAAGGUCAAGUCAUAAUGACCUUGAAACUGAUCAGUAUCUGAAGCACUUUCAUGCUUUCAAAUUUCAUAGAUAGAAUGAUUGCCUGUGAUCACGAGAUGACUACUGAUACCUCUCGGAUGAAGGUCAAGUAGCCUUGAGACUGAAAAUGAUUUCCAGUCAAUUACUGGAGAAAGGUCAGCUCUGUCAGUCUUCGAAGGAUGGUUGCUUGUAGUCAGUAGAUGACUCCUAUUGUUUUUGAGGUCAUUUGGUCAAAUUUUAUCCACACUUUCCAAGUUUAUUCACAGUCUUGUAGAUCUGCUUCUUAUUCCCUGUUUUAUUUGUUAAAUGAAAUUUAAAAUGAAAUAUACCUUGUUUUGUUAUAUAUUUGAUGAUGAAAAUAUGCUAAUCUGAAAUCAUUUGUUUCUUUUCACAGUAAGAUAUUUGGACAAUAUAGUGCAGUUACUGUGUUAAAAAAUCAAAGGGAUACCCUUUUUUCUAGGGUUGAUUUACUUAUGACAAGUA